AUGAGCAAAAGUCUUCAGGCGCCCGUUUCCGGCUUCUCGCUGCUCCCCUUCGAGCUCCGCCACCAAAUUUGGCUCGAGUUCCUCGCCGACCAGCCGGGCCGCAUCUACCAAUUCUCCCUCGCCCCGCCUCUGGUGCCCGGCGGCGAUAUCGUCCCGGACUCCCGCGAGCACUGGCACCGACGGGGCAGGUUUUACGCCCACCCCGUCUCCAGCCUCGCGCAGGCUUCGAAACCAGGGCGGACGCUGGACCAAGUGUGCCGCGAAUCCCGCGCGGUGGCGCGCAAGGUGCUUCCGGACUCUCUCGAAUUCUUCCUAUCAGAGUAUGCGAACGCUCUACUCGAUGAUGGUGAAUCCAGCCUUCAAGAAGCGCCGGCUCUCCGGAGGAGGAGAUUCCUAUCGGGCGUCCUCCGCUACGACGCUUCCAAGGACAUGAUUUCCAUACUCUCCAACGUGGCCAAGCGGCAAUACUUCCUCGAUGCCCGACUUCGUAGCGACGCCCCGCCUUUCCCCGGUCGCGGGAUCAAGCGUCUAGGCGUCCCCGCUAGUUCAUUCAACGAGUACCGCGACGUGAUGCGGCCCACCGCCCGCUGCCCUGCUCGCUGCGAAGGCCCGUCGUGCGCGUCCGGGUGCGAGCUCGAUAAUUUUCCCGCGUGGGUGCGGCUCUUCCCCGAUCUGACGCAGCUCUACAUAAUCGACGAUACGUCGCCUGGCUACUCGAUUAGCAUGGAGGGAUGCAAGUGUCUUCAAGCCGUGGACUCUUAUAAGCAUGCGUGGCCGCGCAUCAAGGGCGUUGAAUGGAACCCCAAGUCCCGGCACCCUUUUCAGUGGGCGUGGUACGUCGUCCGUGACGAGACGCCGGAUUGCCCGUUUCUCCUGCCCAUCCAGGUUGAGUGUCUCCGGUCCAACCGAUAUUGGGUGAGCCAUGACACUUUGAUCAGCGUUAAAUAG